AUGGACACUGACCGUCAACGCAGACCGGUUCACGAGCAGAUCGUCUCAUUGAUCAGCCAGGAUCCCGGACUCCCUCGCAAGGGGCCCUCUGUCGCAUUCUGGCAAGAGCCUACACACCCCAUCGCUAAUGUCCAAUCCCCCCAACUGCCCCGUCAAGUGGACAUUGUCAUUGUUGGCUCGGGCAUCACGGGGUGCAGUGUGGCCCGAACACUGUUGGAGAACCCCCGGCUGCACAACAAGCGUAUCGCCCUCUUCGAGGCUCGCGCCCUGACGAGUGGUGCGACUGGCCGCAAUGGAGGCCACCUCGUCUCGCCCUCGGCCGUGGAUUUUGCCGCCGUCGCAAGCCUCUUUGGGGCCGAAAAGGCGGCCGAGGUGACUCGGUUCUCCUUUCGUAACCUGGAGCGAUUCCACGCGUAUGUGUCCUCGUUGGACGCGGAUCUGCAAGACGCAGCGGAGGCGCGCAAGACCCAGAAAGUGAUGAACUUCCUCGAACCAACCACAUUCGAUCAUUUUCAAGAUUCCCUGCGUCAAUUUUCGGCUGCCUGUCCAGAACUGGCGGAUCAAUUCAAGAUCCUUUCGGCCGAGGAAGCCAAAGUGGUAGGUGGCGAUUCCAUCAUCCCCAGACGGUUGGGCCAAAGAGAUUGGCAAAGUGCAAAAUGCCAAGAGCAGAAUGAGGCUAAUUGUGUCUUCCAGAAAUAUCGAUUCAAAGAGUCCGCCGGGGCAUGCGAGCAAUUCGCCGGUGCAGUGUGGCCUUAUCGAACCAUCACGGGCGUCUUUGCCAAGCUCCUGAAUGAACAUGCCUCACGAUUCUCCAUUGAGACCAACACUCCCGUCACGGCGGUCACAUAUGACGCUGAGAGAGCGACCCAUCGCCGCAAGAUACAUACGCCACGGGGAGUAGUCUAUGCCGAUCAGGUGGUCUACUGCACAAACGCAUAUACGUCACAUCUUCUGCCACAGCUUCGCGGCAAGGUCUUUCCCUUCCGGGGCACCAUGUCAACCCAAUCGCUGGCGCCGUCUCCCCAACCACGGGGCUCGUCACUCAACGCCAAGACGGGCGACUUCUUUUUCGGCGGUGAGCAACAACGGCUGGAAGAGAUUCUCGUCAGCGACGAUACCGUCGUGCCCACGUUGCCUGCGCAGAACUUGGUCUCCAUCAUGGAGAACACAUUCACAUCGCCGACGGGGCAGGCUUUGAAGAGCACACCCCGUCGGAUCUGGUCUGGAAUCAUGGGCUUCACGCCCGAUGGGAUGCCCUUGGUUGGCCGGUUGGGACGGCGAUUGACCGGGAGACCUGACGAUGGAGAAUGGGCGGCGGUGGGGUUUAAUGGCUACGGAAUGGACAAGUGCUGGCUGGUGGGCGAGCUGCUCGGUGCCAUGGUGGCCGGGGAGGAUGUGACGGGACAACUGCCAUCUCUGUAUCAGAUUACAGAUGAGAGAAUCGACCAGCUCCUGGCGCCGAGAGAUGUUCCUGCGCGGUUGUUUCGACUGUAA